AAUUAUAGCAAUAAAUAAGUAAAUAAUAUAUAAUCAUCGCUAAUAAUCAUCAUAAAAAUUAAUAUUUAAAAAAAAUUAGAAAAAAAAUAUUUCGUGAGUGCUAAAAAAAUUAAAUAAAGUUAGAAAAAAAAUUAUUACAAGAUCUUUUAGAGAGAUUAGAAAUACGGUAGCUGAUAAGUGUGAAAAUAAAUAAAUAUUAAAAAUACCUGUCAUCCAAGCUGUUCAUAAUUAUUCAUAACCACAAAAAAAAUUGUUAUUAUUUUUUUGGAUAACAAUUCAACAAUAAAAUAUUAAAGUAACAAUAUCGAAAUAAAUUACAAGCAAAAAGGAAUAUAAUAACAAGAAAUACGAAAUACGAGACAGACACUGUCUGUUUGUUGUGCAGAGCAAAGGAAAAAAAUAUUGCCGACGACCGACACCGUAAUCGAUGCAGUCGCUUUUGCGUCAAAGCACUUUGGAGCGACGACAGUGAAUCAUGUCCCGCAGCAUGGGACCCAAUUCAGAUAAUUUGGAGUCGGAAGCGACCACAGACACUAACAACGAUCGAAACACAAACGAAAAAACCAGUGAAACGCAGAAUUGUGAUACAAAAAAGGCGAAAAGUGACGAAAAAACGACCAAAUUAAAGCCCCCAAUUGCCGAAUGCGACGAAUGUGAUGAAGUUCUCACGGUAAUUCUGAGCGAAGAAACAGUUCCGAACGACUUGACGAUCGUCGAAGACGAGAAAAUCGAAAAAAUCGACGAUCCGCAGCAAUCGCAAGCCACGCAAAAAACAUUUCCAAAGUCAAUUCUCGCGAAUGGUGCUUCAAACGUCGUCGAUACUGCUGAAAAUAAGCCAGUUGAAGUCGAAAAAGCUCGUGCUUCAUUUCGCAAAAAGUCCGUAAGUUUCGAGAACGACGAAGCAAUCCGUAAAUUCACAGGCGGCGAGGAAAUUGUUGACCAAGAGAACCCCUUUAAGCCACAAAUUACGAGCGAAACGGGUGUUAAUUAUAAAUUCAUCAAGAAAAAUAAGUUGAGUAAGAAGUCUUCCAUUCCGGCGGCACUUCCGCAGGCGCAAGUAGUAAGGGCGGUGAUCAAAGACAGCGAUUACAUCACGAAAGAGGAGAUUUUGCGGCAAUCGAAGUAUGUUCCGGUGUAUGUGAAGAACCCGGAUCGAGUGUUGACGUAUGAUAAAAGUAUUAUUGAUCGACUGUCGGGCGUCGAAUCAGAAGUUGAGGAGCCUCCAACGCCGAGAAUAAAGAAGAUUCCGAUACCAGCUCCGAGGAAAAUCAGUAAGUUGCCUGCUUUGACGGCGAGUGCGAUCAUCGGGAAGCGAGAUACGAACAAAAAGCGACAUUUUUUGAAGCCUAAAAAUAAAGGGAAUUAUCCGGAUUUGAGUGAUAUUAAAGUCAAAACAGGCACCGAUUGGGAAGAAUCCCUGUACGACCCGAACGAAGUGGCGAUAAAUGUGAUAAAAUUCGACAGUCUUCUGAAGAAAAAGAAAUACAAAUCCGAAGAAGACUCCGACGAAACGCCCGAUUUGAACGGCGAAACAAGCAGCAACGAAGAAAAUCCCGCAGAAUCCGCAUCAAAGUCUGACGAAGUCGAUUCAAAAAAGUCAAAUAAUUCUGAUCAAAAAGCCAACAACAAAGAAAAAGACGACGAUAGCAGUGGCAAAGGUUCCUACACAAACACCGUUACAAGCAGCGAAUUUCGCGAAUUCCUCCGUAAAAAAGGCUUGACUUUAGUUCCUAACACGCUGAGAAUCCAAGCGAUCAACAACAAAGCCAAAAGUGAAACAACGAACGGCGUCGGCCCAAAAGCAAUAAUUGCCGAGAUGGAAAAAUCAGGCGAAAAAAAAUCAUCAAUUCUGCGGAGACUUUUUCAGGGAAAUUUAUUUUCCUCGCGAAAAACGUCUCCAAAAGCGCCAAUUCCGCAACCGCAGGUCUUUGCAAAAGCAAAUGGCGUCACAAGUGAUAAAGAAAUCGCUCGAAAACGCUUGCCGAAUGGAAAGUCUUCCGUAUUGGCGGAUAACGAGUUCACGAAACAUUUCAACAACAAGGAACGUCUUUCGAAAAAACACAGUUACGAAGACGAUCGAGGCAGUUCGAUCAGCUCAAUGUUAACGGCAGCCGAAGAUUAUUUGGAUAUGCAACCAGGAAGUCCCAAAAGUCCUCGUUCCAACUACUUGGAUAUGCUUCCGGGAUCGUUACGGAAGUCAAAUCGCGCAACAAGCGACUUGAUUCAACGUUCCAGCGAAAUUAAUAAAGCAAAGUCAGCGAUGUUAAAGUCUCGUCCUGCGGUGAGAUCACAAAGUGCGCAAAGUUUCAAGGUUUCUUCGCGACUUUCGCAGCCUCUGACUUUUGAAAAAAGCUCGCCGCAACCCGGAGAUGGAGUUUUGAAGCCAAAAGUACAACGCCCCAUGGCGAAUGGAAGUGCGGGAAAACAAAAACCGCCUGUUCCGGUAAGGACUGUCAGUGAUCGUGCUCUAAAUAACAAGCAACAAGCUUUGAACAAGGAAAAUAAUGUUCGGAUGAAUCGCAGUUACUCGAUGGAUCGUGAUGAGAUCCGUUUACGAAGCAAACCGCCUCAACCUUUGGAACGAACUUCAAUGAAAAAUACGGGUUCAAAGCCCUUGCCGAAGCAAAGUAACGUCGAAGCUCAGCUAAAUCGUCUUGUUCAGCUCAACGGAUCGCCAGAAAGAGCUUCAGAAGGUCCCGCUAAAACAUCUACGCCCAAAACGAAUCAUCAGUUGCCAUCAGAUGCGGUUACUCCGAUGACAAAAGAUCGUCGUGUCAUCUCUCCGGUAGCAGCAAAAGAGAAAACUCCUGAAAUUGAUCCCUUUUUGUACGUCAAACUGGCGGAAUUGAAGAAAAAAACUGAUGAAGAACUGCUAAAUAAGGCAUCGCAAAAUAAUUCUGUGUUUCCAAAGACAAUUUACGGACCGAAAUCCGCACAAAGAGCUCCUGAAAAUAUUUAUCAACAACCAGUUUCGUUGCCAAAUGGUAAUUUUGUGCGAAAUUCGCCGCAACGAAGUACCGUUACGGGAGUUGUUCGUGCCCAAAAUGGUCCUUUGAAGGAUGAGCCACGUUUAAAUUCAGGAAAUUAUGGAUAUGUUAACGGAAAUGUGGCUCAAAAUCAACCUGCGCGAUCGCAAAGUGUGCUUGAUGGCAUGACAGGAAGUCCGAUGUAUGGUUCCAUGCGUUAUCGGAUGUCAAAUAACUCGACGCCAGUUCAGCUGAGGAAAGGAGGCACUCUCGAUCGCAAACAUAUUUUGAAUCAAAUUUAUGAAUUUUAUCGGCGAUCCGUGAAUAACACGCCAACGAGUAAAAUGAGCGAGGAACAACUUUACAGCAGACCGAAUUCCGUGAAAAAUGUCUCUCCGAAUUCUUAUGCUUCGGUUAGAGUUCAUCAGGCACCCCCAGAAGUACGUCAACGCGCGCAAAGUGUGCAACAACAACCGAUUUACGGCAAUCGAAAUGCGAUAAAUGCCGCAAUUUACGCCCAAGCACGUUCAAUUAGUCAAAGUGUCCCCACGGGAAAUGCUCAGCAAGCGACUCAACAACGAAUUUCAUCUGCUACAAGUGAUAACGAUUCAGUAUUUCUUCCGCCGCAACCGCCAACUGCUUACAAAAGUCUCCAAAAAGCGCCGCAACAACCUUUUGUCAUUCGCGAAAGUGAACAAAUCACGCCGUGGGACGUUCUCAAGUACAGAAGUGUCCCAAAUACGCCGCAACGAGAACAAAUUUACGCGACGCCGCAUAAAAAUCAACCGAUUUACGGCAAAGUUUACGACACAAAUGCUCCGAAAAUGCAACGCAGGCCUGCAAGUGUGACGCCCUACAACGGUCAACCCGCCUAUCAACCUUCCCAGCCAAAUGGGAGAGUUCGUUUAGGCAUCGAUGGUCGAUCGACGCCACUUAUUCUCAGCUCUAACACGCAGCAGCAGCAGCAACAACAAAGUCCCAUGAAAUCAGCGUAUGUCGAGCCAAUGUAUCGCCCGAUCCAGAUGAAUCGACGGGCAGUUCCGCAAUCGCCGCUCGUGAUGCAACAAAAUCACGCCUACAACAGAAAUAGUGCGACUGGCUCGCAGGAAUUUAAUAAAAAUCUGCGAUUGUCUGUGCCAUAUGAAAGUGAUACGGGAUCUGAGGCGGGCGAGAUUCAACGGAUUUUGUAUAAUCGACAAAAUGAAGAAGAUUGGCAGAACGACAAAUCCAAUAGAAAUCAACAAAAUGAACAAGUUGUUGACGAUAGAAGGCGAGCCAGAUCCCGCGAAGAUCCACGAAGACAUACGCUCGGCAACGAGAUGCUCCAUUACGCCAACCAGCAACAAGGCAUUCCGAUGCAACGCUCGAUGGACCUUGAGAUGGGAUCACAUUCAAUGCGAUCCAGAAAUAAGCAACCGCCUCAAAUGCGAGGAUACAUGCCUUCGAAUCAAGGUCCGCUGUUCGAUGACGAUCCCGGAAUUAUGUCUGAAGUGGAAACGUCAAGUACGGGCUUUAGACGUGGCGGUAAACAAAGAUCUUCGUUGCCGGUGGUUCGAACGCCGUCACAAACGUUAGAACGUCCUUUGGGUUUGGUAUUUUUGCAAUACCGAAACGAGACAAAGCGAGCGCUUCUACCGAACGAAAUUACAUCAAUUGACACCGUACGUGCGUUAUUUGUGCGAUCAUUCCCGCGACAAUUGUCGAUGGCCUAUUUGGAGGGCCCCAACGUCAAAAUUUACAUUCAUGACUCGAGCAAGGACAUGUUUUACGAGCUCGAAGACGUGAGUCUUAGGUCACAUUUGCGUGAAAUAAAGGACCGAUCGGUGCUGCGAUUGUUCGAAUCGACGGAAGUUGGAGCGCCUGCAAUGCUUCCUGGAGGUCCUAAUGUCCCGCAACCCUUGCCGCAAACAGGCGGCGGAGGACAUUACGAUAUGGAUCCCAGUUACUUCAGUGAACCGGAAUUCGACUCGGAAUAUCAGCAUCAACACAUCCACAAAAGCAAGAGUGGCAAAAAUGCGCCGUAUUACGUGGGAGCCGCACAGACAUUGCCACGAGGCAUGUACUCCGAUCGCAACAAGAACUCCGUGGGUAUGCCAGCUAAGCCAAUCCGAUCGUAUGGUUCACGAGGCAGCCUUGGACCCCAAUAUCCCUACACACAAGACCAACUUUACAGUAUUCCAGAUGGUUACAUGAGUUCACCUGAACGCGGUACAAGAUCUUAUGAAGAGCCGUAUUACAGUCAAUAUGGCUCGCGACAGGCAAAUGCCACUCCAAUAAUCGACGAAGAACAAAACGAACAACAAUUGGUUGACGAUCAGUAUGCGUUGUAUGGCGUCAAGACAACAGGCCGCAUACCACGGAACGUGAAUCAACUUUACGAUCCAACAAGGCCUGAAGAUCUUCAUCGCAUCCGAGUCGAACACAUGGAACGACAACUCGCCAACUUGACAGGCCUAGUUCAGAAAGCACUAACACAAAAUCCGCAAGUAGCUCAAAAUUACUUGGCAACUGCACCAAAUCAGCAAUAUCGAACCGCUAACGGAACCGGGGAGGAAUUGUAUGUAAGGGAAAAACCACCAAAGCUGGGAAAAGCAUCAUGUCAUAAAUCUGUGUCGUUCGAGAAAAGCGUUUCGUUCAGCGACGACAUUCAAGGCGUGCCAAAAUCACACAAUCCUGUCGAUUCUAAACCACCAAAACCAGCUAUAAAAUCAUCAACAUUGCCACGAAUGAGUUCCCAAGAACGAACAUUGAAGCCCGCUCCUCCUGCAAAAGGCUUGAAUUUCGCCGUAAAUCAAUAUCCGGCACAUUUAACGCUCGCACCCGAGGUGUACAAUCAUCUGCGUGGCUUGCAAAAGAAGGCGAAAGAGUUGCGUACGGAGGUUCGAACGUUGCGACGACUUGCUCAAACGCAGGCAAUGGCUGUGCGUGAAGAUAUCAAAGACUCGUUUAUUCGUAUACGUGCCACAUUACUUGCUGGCGGCGGCAAUUUGUGGGGACAGGGCGAUCAGGAAAGAAAACGUCUCACAAAAGAGGAAGAAUUGUACAAACAAGAAGUGAUACGAUUGGAAACGGAUUUGGGCAAUCUCGAGUCAUCCGUGGAGGGAUUGCGAACUGAAGUGAUUAAUCGUCGUUCGAGAGUUAAUAUGUCGUCUGUGGAGGAUAUGGCCUUAGUUUUAAGUCGUGCAAGCAAAACGGUUGCCGAACUCAAAAUGAAGUUCCCCGAAUUGCAAGCUGAAUUAAGGGCCUAUUUAGCAAACGAAAUGGAACAUGUGUGUCGCGAAGAAACUUUCCUCAAGGACGAGCCCGAUAGAUUGGAAUCAGCGUUGCGACGAUGUAAAAAACUCACAGGAACGCUUGUUACGUUAAAACGACUCGCAAGUGUCCAGGAGCAACGUUUACCGAAUGCCGAACCACAACCCGGUGAAGAGACCCCUCGUGGAAAUGAUGUGUCGCAAACAAAUAAGCCAAUCCCAAGUCCCCGCAUGGGGCAGGUCUCUGUCGGGGGAAUUGCACCCGAAAACGCACUCGAUGCUUUGUUAGAUGAAUUGCAAACGUUUGCUAAGCCAAUGAAUAAUGAGUCCCGCCCUGAUGAUUCAACGUCUGACGACAGUUCUCAAACACUCCAAAACUCCGUGACACUCAAAGUGACCCAAUCAACGUUGUAUCCCCAAGAUGCGAUGUCCUCUAACAUUGGUCUGCGUCGCCUGCACUCGUAUCCGAGCGGUUCUGACACAGAUACGAGUCCGCCACAGCCGUCGCGCAUUCCCGCUGGCAAACCUCCCGUUCCCGAUCGCAAUCCCGAAUUGCUCGCGAAGGCAAACAAGAAGCAACCUCCUCCGCCGCCGCCUCGUACGAGUUCCCGCAGUCCCCUGGCAUCGCCCACGAGCGCUUCGCAACCAAAUCGCUUGUCGGGCGGCGACGAUCACGAUUCCGGAAGCGAAUCUGCCGGCUCGCAAGACAAUUCCCAACGUCAAAUGCAACUGGAAAUGCGUCAUCAAGAGCUGCUGAAGAAACAAAAGCAACUUCAGGAGCAAUAUCAACGAUUGCAGCAACUCAGCAAGAAUGCCAUCCCGUUGGCGCCAAGUGAUCCGAACAUCGCCCUCAAAAAAACAGGCAGCGAAUCAAAUCUCCCGCAAAAAAUGGGUCUCAACAUGUCCAUCAGCGGCAGCAUGAAAAAUCUCUCGGACACCUUCACGUAUCUCAAUAACGGCAACGGGAACGGCAUCGAGCAAAAUGGCACCGCUGCUCCGACUGGCGGCAAUGCGACAUCUGGCACAACGACGAAACAAGUUUACGAAACCGAAAUCCUAUAACAACACGGGAAGAAAUGGUGUGAAACUGAAAUUGACUUGUAAAUAGGCGAUAGAGAUCGUUGUCAUCCCAAAAUUGUAUCUCUCCAUAUAUAGUUGAUGUAGUUUAGCCCUCUAUAUAGAUGUCUCUCAUCAGUCCUCACAUCAUCUCGCGUUCCCGCAGCAUUUAACUGAAGAAUUUACUAAACGUAUACCCUUUACAUUGAAAAAAAGUAAUUAAAAGUCGUACUUAAUCACUCGUUAUUAAUGUAAGUGUUUCAAGCUCUCAACCCCAAAAUGCUUCAAACAUCGUAACUUGCACUUAAAUAUCGGCACUAGAGGACACAAACAGGAUUUAAAAAAAAAGUUUUAUGAAAAAAUCAUCAAAUUAUUCAUUAAAAUACAAAAUAUCUAUAGUAGUUAGACAAAUUCAACAAAAAAAAAAUCUUAAAAAAAUCAUAACCAAUAUUAAACGAACCGUUAACAAUAGCAAAAGACUCUAAUAAAAAGUACGAAACACCAGCAAACACAUUUUUAAAAAAUAAUAAAUUAAUAAAAAUUGCCAAAAUUCUUCGUAUUAGUCGAAGAAACGACUCAAUUUUGCUUGAUACCAAA